UGUUUACUAUCUAUCUUGUUUAUUCACUGCAGCACCAUAUGUAAUGCGAAUAAGCGGUGGAGCUCGAAAUGAUGUUCGUACUGCCCCUACAAGUACCCUUUGGCAUAAGGAUUUCGGAUAUACAGGCGGCAUAGCUAAGAAUGCAACCCGCCCAAGUUUCAUCACGCCUCCACUCGAUACCUUACGGUAUUUCCCUCUAUCAGAGGGUCCUGAAAAUUGUUACAAUAUCAAUAACGUGCCCUACGGCCGCUAUUCAGUUAGGAUCUACUUUGGAUUGGUUGCAGAACCAAGUUUCGAUAACGAACCUCUAUUUGAUGUUUCUGUUGAAGGGACCUUGGUUUAUUCUUUGCCGUCUGGUUGGAGUAAUCACGACGACGAACGAGCAUUUGUUGAAACUCUUGUAUUUCUUGAGAAUGGUACUGCAUCAUUUUGCUUCCACAGCACGGGUCACGGAGAUCCUGCUAUACUUGCGAUUGAGAUUCUCCAAGUCGAUGACAAAGCAUACUAUUCCGGUCCUGGAUUUGGUCGAGGGAAAAUCUUCAGAACUAACGAAAGACUGAGCUGUGGAGAUCAUAAUUCAAAAUUUGACAUUGACUACAAUGGGGAUCGUUGGGGUGGUGAUCGGUUCUGGAGUACAAUCAUGACCUUUGGUCAGAAUUCUGAUAAGCCCAUAUCUACUAAAAGCAUCAUAAAAUCAGCUUCCGUAGCGCCAAACUUCUAUCCACAAGCUCUUUACCAAACUGCUCUUGUUAGUACUGACAAUGAGCCAGAUUUAACAUACACGACAGACGUUGACCCCAACAAAAACUACUCCGUCUGGUUACACUUUGCAGAAAUUGAUCCUUCAGUUACAGAUGUGGGACAGAGGGUCGUUGACAUCUCGAUAAAUGGAGACACUGUAUUUCAAGAUGUUGACAUUGUGAGAAUGGCCGGGGGUAUUAACAGCGCUGUCGUACUGAACACAACCGUUCCGGUCAGUGGCAGGACUUUAACUAUCACAUUGCAUCCCACAAAUGGAACUCAUGCCAUCAUUAAUGCCAUUGAGAUUUUUGAGGUUAUAACCGCUGAAUCUAGAACAUCACCAGAGGAAGUGAAGGCUUUGCAGUCACUGAAACUUGCACUUGGACUUCCUCUUCGUUUUGGGUGGAACGGUGAUCCAUGUUUUCCGCAACAACAUCCAUGGAGUGGAGUAGAUUGUCAGUUCGAUAGAACUAGCAAUACAUGGGUCAUCGAUGGGCUUGGCCUGGACGACCAAGGUUUACAUGGUUUCUUACCAGAUGAUGUUUCUCGAUUGCGCCAUCUCCAGAGCAUAAAUCUGAGUGGAAACAGCAUUCAGGGGCCUAUUCCCUCAGCACUUGGAACAAUAACUAGUCUGGAGAAAUUGGAUUUUUCGUACAAUUUCUUCAACGGGUCGAUACCUGAAAGCCUUGGGCAGUUGACCUCAUUACAGACACUGAAUCUCAAUGGCAACUUGCUCUCUGGAAAAAUUCCUACAGCAUUAGGUGGAAGGCUCUUGCACAGAGCUACCUUCAAUUUUACUGAUAAUGCAGGCCUUUGUGGUAUUCCUGGACUACCGACAUGUGGACCGCAUCUUACUCUAGGUGCCAAAAUUGGCAUUGGCUUAGGGGCAUGCGCGGCUGUUAUAGUUAUCGCCAUCUGCAUGAUAUGUUGGUGGAAAAGGCGACAGAAUAUCCUCCGCGCUCAAAGAAUUGCUGCGAGAGAUGCUCCAUAUGCAAAGAAAAGAACACAUUUUAAUCAUAUUCAAAUGACAAGACACCAUGGUCAUCAUGAAACAAGACACCAUGGUCAUCCUGAACAUACUCGGACAGCUGCUGAGAAUGGACCGCCUUUGCUUACCUGAGUUCGAAUCUGCUACCUAACACAAUUUUUGAGCCACCUUUGCCGCUACACUAAAAAUUUCCCUUGUGUCAAGGGAAUUCAACAAUCUAUACACACAUCAAAAAGAAUUAUUUACAACCUAUUUGUGCAGUAUAAUUUUUCGAUGAAUGGAGUUCAAUUGAACCCCCUCCCGGCCAUGUAACUCCACCGGUGGUGCUUAGUGACAAUAUUGCCAGAUGCAAUGCUACAAGAAGUCUGUUUUGUGACUAGAAGAUGUGUAUAAUAGUUAUAUAAAGGAAGUAGUUCAAAUGCCAUAGAUGUACUUCAGUGUCAAAUGCUUGCAGAUAACUUGGGAGGAAUAGACAGAAUGAUAUAUAUUACAUGCAUUCUUAAUCAGUUUUGGUUACAUAUUUGUAGCAUACAAACUGUGUAUUACUGAAAUAUAAUUGAAAUGCAAUUUUAUCCUGCUAAUUUUACUUUA